AUUUAAGUAUUAAGUAACUCAGUUCUUGUUUAUAUCUACAAUUGUGAGCUUGUACAAUCCCACCAUGUCCACCACGUUCUCGUAUCCUGACCCGAAGCUCCAGGAGGUGCUGAAGAAGACUGCCGAAGCCAUUGUCACCCCGGGGAAGGGGAUCCUCGCAGUCGAUGAAACUAAUGAGGGAAUCGGUAAGCUGCUAGCUGGAGUCGGGCUGGAAAACACAGAGAACAACAGAAGGAGAUACCGCCAGUUACUCUUCACAGCUGAUAAUGCACUAUCAGACAAUGUAUCAGCUGUCAUACUCUUCGACGAGACAGUUUACCAGAAGACAGAUGACGGCACCCGCUUCAUCGAAGUCUUGCAGAAGAAGAAUAUCAUACCUGGUAUCAAAUUGGAUAAGGACGUAGUACCUCUAUUUUUAUCUGAAGACGAAGUCACCACUCAAGGUCUUGACGACUUGGGCAAACGCUGCGCGGAAUACAAAAAGCAAGGGUGUAGAUUUGCCAAAUGGCGUUGUCCUCUAAAGAUUGGCGAAAGAACACCAUCAGUACAGGCUGUACAGGACAUGGCUCAGGUUUUAGCCAGAUACGCGUCCAUCUGCCAAAGUGAGGGGCUGGUGCCGAUUGUGGAGCCAGACGUUUUAUUGGAUGGCAACCAUGACAUCGUAAGAGCACAGAAGGUCACCGAAGUAGCGUUAGCCGCCCUCUAUAAGGCUCUGAGUGACCACCACGUGUUUUUAGAAGGCACUUUAUUAAAGCCCAAUAUGGUUACCCCAGGUCAAGAUUACCCUAAAAAGAGUACACCUGAAGAAAUCGCCGUGGCAACAGUAACAGCGUUGUUAAGAGGAGUACCGGCCGCAGUACCAGGGAUAACCUUCCUCUCUGGUGGCCAAUCUGAGGAAGAUGCAACUUUAAACUUGAAUGCUGUAAACAAUGUGCAAUUAAAGAAGCCAUGGGCUCUUACGUUCAGCUAUGGCAGGGCUCUGCAAGCGUCGGUGUGGAAGACCUGGGCUGGUAGAGAUCAAAACGUGAAGAAAGCCCAAGAUGAACUACUGAAAAGAACAAAGGCUAAUGGACUGGCCUCUCAAGGCCUAUAUAAAGCUGGAACCGUGAAAUCUGCCGCAGGAGAUAAGUCCAACUUCAGUCAAAAUCAUAAAUAUUAAACUUAUAUAGAGCUUGAAAUUCUGGUUACAUCUCGUACAUAAUUUCUGUUUUUAUGUUUUGUUAAUAAAAACAAUACCUUUUGUUAA